CUGCGAUGCCUAGGAUUGUACGCAACUCGCAGUCUGGGCCAGACAUCGCCAUGGCGACCUCAAAGGUCGGCAAACCCGACCUCUACCUGAUAUCGAGCGAAGAUGCCGCCUACGAGCAAGAUAUUCUCCGCAACCCGGGCAGCGUACGACCCUGGCUGAUUUACGUCGACUUCAAAAUGCGCAACGGCACAAUCCACGAGCAAGCAUUUGUACAAGAGAGAGCAUGCAUGCAACUGCCAAGGUCAUACAAGCUAUGGAAAAUGUACCUGGACUUCCGAGUAAAGCACUUGAAGAAAAGAAAUCCAGUCAAGUACAAGACCGAAUUCAACAAGGUCAACGCUCUGUUUGAAAGAGCACUGAUCUUACUGAACAAAAUGCCCGUUAUUUGGGAGAUGUAUCUUACAUUCCUGCUACGACAACCAUACGUCACAAAAACCCGACGGACGUUCGACCGAGCUCUUCGUGCUUUGCCAGUCACGCAGCACAACAGGAUAUGGAAACUGUAUAAAUCAUUUGCAAACUCCGCAGGAGGCGAGACGGCAGUCAGGAUAUGGGCUCGCUACGUCCAGAUCCAUCCGGAAGACAUGGAGGACUACAUCGAGUUACUGAUCGAGACCGGACACUACCUUGAGGCUGUCAAACGAUACAUUCAGAUUCUAGACAACCCGAAGUUCCGCUCAAAACAUAUCAAGAGCGAUUUCCAGCUCUGGAGCGAAAUGGUCGAGCUUAUGGUCAACAAAGCCCGAGACCUUGGAGACAGCUCGGUCUCUGGCUUCGACCCCGACACGAUUAUCCGUAGUGGCAUUGAACGAUUUGCCGACCAACGGGGCAAACUCUGGGCAGGAUUGGCGACCUACUGGAUCACUCGCGGCGACUUCGAAACAGCUCGCGACGUCUUCGAAGAGGGUAUCACCACCGUCAUGACCGUGCGCGACUUUACCAUGAUCUUCGACGCAUACGUGGAAUUCGAAGAGUCCAUCCUGCAAAGUCUCAUGGACGCCGCGUCAGCCCGUGCUGAGAAAGGCAUAGCCGAUGCGGACAAAGAUUUCGAUCUGGACUUGCGCAUGAUGCGUUUCGAACACCUGAUGGACAGGCGGCCGUUCCUGGUCAACGACGUGCUACUGCGCCAAAACCCAAACAACGUAAUCGAAUGGGAGAAGCGCGUCGCUCUGUGGAACGACAACGAGGCCGAAAUUGUGCAGACGUACACCGACGCCAUCGCUGCAAUCCACCCGAAGAAAGCCAUCGGCAAAUUCCACGAGCUCUGGCUCAAUUACGCCAAAUUUUACGAAGAACGUAACGACAUUGAUACCGCGCGCAUGAUCCUGGACAAAGCCGUCAAAGUCCCAUAUAAAUCCGUUGCCGAGCUGUCUGAUACAUGGGUUGGCUGGGCCGAGAUGGAGCUGCGGAACGAGAACUUCGACGGUGCGCUCAAGGUGAUGGCCACGGCCACGAAAGCACCCAAGCGCAGCACAGUCGAUUACUUCGACGAAACCCUCAGCCCACAGCAGCGCGUGCACAAGUCCUGGAAAGUAUGGAGUUUCUAUGUUGACCUCGUCGAGAGUGUUGGAUCUAUGGACGAGACGCGCGCCGUGUACGAUCGAAUCUUUGAGCUGCGCAUAGCCACGCCGCAGACCGUGGUCAACUAUGCGAACCUGCUUGAGGAGAAUGGAUACUUUGAGGAAUCCUUCAAAGUGUACGAGCGCGGACUGGAUGUGUUUACUUAUCCCGUCGCAUUCGAGCUAUGGAACAUGUACCUCACCAAAGCGGUUCAGCGGAAGAUCUCAAUCGAAAGACUACGGGAUUUAUUCGAGCAGGCCGUCGAGAAUUGUCCGCCUCAGUUUGCAAAGGCGAUAUACCUUAUGUACGGUAAUCUCGAGGAGGAGCGGGGAUUGGCCCGCAGUGCGAUGCGAGUGUACGAGCGAGCCACGCGCGCCGUGGCGGACGAGGACAGAUUGACCAUGUUCGACUUCUACAUUACGAAGUCUGCGACCAAUUUCGGAUUGACUUCGACGCGGCCGAUUUAUGAGCGUGCGAUUGCCUCGUUGCCGGACAAGGAGGCCAAGGUCAUGUGUCUCAAGUUCGCGGAGAUGGAGCGGCGGCUGGGCGAGAUCGAUCGCGCACGUGCGAUUUACGGGCAUGCGAGCCAGUUCGCCGAUCCCAGGGUGGACAAGGGCUUCUGGGACACGUGGGAGAAAUUCGAGGUCGCGCAUGGGAAUGAGGACACAUUCAAGGAGAUGCUUAGGAUCAAGAGGAGCGUCGCGGCGCAGUUUAAUACCGAUGUGCAGUUCAUUGCGAGCCAGGCCGUCAAGCGAGGGCAGGCUACUGCUGCUGCCGUGUCGGAGGCCGAUGGCGAGGGCGAGGGCGAGGGCAACGGAAAGGAUCAGGAUGCCAUGGCCGCACUGGAACGGCAGGCUCGUGCGCCGGUGGGUUUCGUCGCGGCGAGUACGGGCCCGGAAGGAGGGAAUAGAGCCUCCAAAGAGGCUGCCGAAGGACUUGCAAAUGGGGAGGCGAAGCAGGUCGCCGCAAACCCGGACGCGAUUGAUGUUGAUAUUGAUGAUGACGAAUGAAAAUGGACAUGGCACCAUAACAUAGCAUCGGUGUCGGUGUCGCUGCCGAGUGAUUUUGUGUCAGAUCAUGAGAGAUACAGGAGGAGAACCGUUAGCCGGCGAGCCGGUCGAUUUUGGUUGCUUGCGGCCCUGGUCCUGCUUUUCUUUUUGAUGGGAUGGCCGGCUUCAGCACGUUGUGUAUAUGGAAAUGGAUAUGAACGAAG